AUGAUAGUGUUGUUGGCAUGCCAAGAUAGAUUACUUACCAAAGAAAGACUAACAAAGCUGAACAUACAUGUUGACGACCAAAUAUGCUGCCUUUGUGAUGGGAAUAGGAAUGAGACACAAAGACACUUGUUUGCUGACUGUAGUUGGAUCACAGAAGUUAGAGAUGCACUGAUCACCUGGAUGGGAAUUACACUACAAUGCAAUGAUGUGUACAAAACAAUCAAAUGGAUCAAGAGAAGGAGGUGGAGGCAGUUCCAGAAAGAGAUAGUUGCAGCAGUAUGGGGAGCAAUGCUAUACUACACUUGGCAAGCAAGGAAUUGGAAGGUUUUCAAGCAAGCAACUGUAAAUAAAGAGUAUGCUAUAAUACAGAUUCAGAAAGAGAUUAGAGAAAGAUUUGGCAUGCUAAGUUGUUCUAGGAAAGUACAUAGGUGUCAGGUUUUGAUUCAGCAGUUACGUAACUAG